AUGGAGGCCGCGGAGCUGCGCUGCACGGUGGCCGUGGAACAGCCGCUGCCCGGGGGACAGGCCCCGAGGCGCCGCGUGAUGCGGGGCGCGCUUGUGCUGCUGGGCCGCAACGAGCUGCGGCAGCCGGUGCUGCGGGUGGUCUCCGGCAGCGGCGGGGCGGCGGCUGCCCUGAGCUUCGUGCUGGCCGGUGACGGCGUGCGGCUCUUUACGCGGUUCGCGGGUGAGGGUCGGGCGGCGGUGCGGGUGGGGCCGAGCGGUGCCCAGGUCCUCCUGUCCGACUGCCCCCCAGACACUCUGCGCCGCUUCCUCCGUCUCCUGCGGGUCAAGGUGGCAACCGGGCAACGGGGCACUCCGCGUGUCCCCCGCCUGCUGGACCGGCCGCCGCCGGCCUUCACCAUCAUCAGCCCGCUGCAGGAGCGGGACAUACUGCGGGCCCCAGGCCGCCUCCGAGGCGGCGAGGCUCAGGGGGAGAGCCAGGUGCAGGAUCACCGCGCUGAGUGGAGGCCCUCAGUGAGGCUCUCGGCGGAGCAGGAGGCCGUGAUGGGAGUUGUGAGAAGUGGGAAAAGCAUCUUCUUCACUGGCUGCGCAGGAACCGGGAAGUCGUUCCUGCUGAAGAAGAUAGUGGGCUCCCUCCCUCCUAAGACCACUUAUGCUACAGCCAGCACAGGGGUGGCAGCUUGCCACAUUGGUGGCACCACUCUCCAUGCCUUUGCAGCUUUGCUUUCUUCUCUCCUGCCAGGGAUCGGCUCUGGGAAGACUCCGCUGGAGCAGUGUAUUCAGCUGGCAGAGAGGCCUGGGGUGCGCCAGCACUGGCUGUCCUGCCAGCACCUAAUUAUCGAUGAGAUCUCAAUGGUGGAUGGCAAGUUCUUUGACAAGCUGGAGGCAGUAGCAAGGGCAGUCAGAAAACGGGAGGAGCCUUUUGGAGGCAUUCAGCUAAUCAUCUGUGGGGACUUCUUGCAGCUACCCCCAGUCUGCAAGGCUAAUGAAGAAACCACAUUCUGCUUCCAGGCAAAAAGCUGGAGGAAAUGCAUCCACAUAAACAUGGAGUUGACUGAAGUGCGGAGGCAGACUGACAAGACCUUUGUCUCGCUCCUGAGCGCAAUCCGUUUAGGCAGGUGCACAGAGGAGGUUACCAGACAACUGAUGCAGACAGCUGAUAACAGGUCUGAGCGUGAUGGGAUCCUGGCCACACGGCUCUGCACCCAUAAAGAUGAUGUAGAAAUAACUAAUGAGAGAUGCUUGCAACAGCUAUCAGGAGAAGUGCACACUUUUGAGGCUUUGGACAGUGACCCGAUGUUAGUGAAGUUAAUUGAUGCUCAAUGUCCUGUGGGUGGUAGAGUUGAGCUAAAGCUUGGAGCUCAGGUGAUGCUAGCUAAGAAUCUGGAUGUGUCUCAAGGGCUGGUGAAUGGGGCACGAGGAGUUGUUGUAGGAUUUGAAAGUGAGCAGAAAGGGCUGCCGAAGGUGAGGUUUCUCUGUGGAAUCACACAGGUCAUAAAAAUGGAGAAAUGGGUUUUCAAAGGACCAUCAGGGGUUCAUCUGACUCGUCAACAGUUGCCUUUAAAAUUGGCAUGGGCCAUUUCCAUUCACAAGAGUCAGGGCAUGUCUUUGGAUUGUGUGGAAAUCUCCCUGUCUCGUGUCUUUGAAAGUGGGCAGGCUUAUGUAGCUCUCUCCCGAGCACGUAGCCUUGCAGGUCUCCGUGUUCUGGAUUUUGACCCAAAAGUAGUGAGAGCCGACCCUUCUGUGUUGCAGUUCUAUAGACAGCUGAGACGUCAUCAACUCCUAGCCCAGGAUUCACUAAAUGAUAAGGAAAACUGAGAACUGGAAAUGCAGCUGAGAAUGCUCUUUGACCUCUGUUGAGGCAUCAGCACAGACUGCUGAGUUGCAGCAAUCACGCUAUUGAGUAUAUUUGCUAACAUGGAUUAAGUCAAAGGAAUUUUUUUUUUAUGUUUGCUUCAUUCAGCUGACUCUGAAUGUGUAGACUCUGUGAAUCUUUGUCUCAUGCCUCUGAAAUCUGGGAGGCUUCUGUAGCUCCUUUCUGGGCCUACAGUCUUGAGCACUUCUGUGUCAGAGCUGCAACACUAGCAAGCAAAAUGACUGAACAAGGUGUGCCUGAGGGACCUUCCCAAGGUUCUAUCCUGUCUGCAUAGUUGUGUUUUAUUCUCCGCAUUCGUAGACUGAAACUUGUGUGACUUUCUUCAAGCCAACAAUGGUUGAGAGAUGGAAGGAGUGUGUUCUGUUUGCCUGGCUGGAUUGGACCUGUUCACAAGCACUGCUGGCAAAAGAGAAAACAGUUUUGAGUAUCUGGAUUAUGUGCCUGAUUCUCCUGCAAGUGAGGAGCUGCUAGGAACUGGGCUAUCACUUUAUAAUAUGCUGGGGUGUUCUUGCCUUCCAGAUGCUUAAUGCCAGGGUGCUUUGCAUAACUUCCUCCACAAGCAGAACAGUAACAGUUAUACAUUGCCUAUUAUGCAGAUACAUAGCCUUUUUAUUAGUCUGUUGCAUGCAAUAAGAUACAUUUUUAAAUUUUUUUUAACCUUCUGAGAUGAACUGGCACUGUUUAAAAAUAGGAGGAAGUCCUACAUCUUAUACCCAUAAUUAUGGAACUACAAGAAUCCUUAAGAUGUAUUACCCCAUUAAAUAGAAGAGAGUGAGAGGAUAUGAGUGUUGGCACAUGAGGCUUUCUGAAACGAGAGGGAGUUUCUGCUGGAAACACUGUGUCUGACUAAUAAGGUGGAAGUUGAAUGUGCAAUAGGGAAUAGCCAAGGACAUGUGAAGUGAGCUGUAACUUCACCUGUUUCAGCAAAAGCAGAGAUGAGCAGAACUAAUGUGCCGUCCUUUUGAAGUGAAGGAGAAGCUUUGGUCUUUGACACAAUGCUUAAAGCUUAAAUAACUUGUGUAUUUUUAAAUGCUUAAUGAGCAGGAAUAAUGUAAAAUAUCAACAUCCAGCUGGAGCUUGCCUCUGCAGUUUGAGCAAGUUGAAGGCCACUUCUUGGCAGCUCCUGUUAAAGGCAUGGAAGGAUGUUGAAUAGCCAGGGGGGUAACAUAACAGAAAACAGACUUUGGUAGGAUUUCAAAGUGUAUUUUUUAAGUGUUUUUUUUUUUUCUUGUUGUCCUUGGUUUUUUUUGUUUGUUUUUUCCUGGGCUUGAGGGGUUGAGUUUUGGAGGAGGCAACAGCAGAAGGCAGAAGUGUGAGAAUUGUUUUGAUGUGUUUACUCUAAGGAUUUCUUAAUACAUCAGUACAUUGCUUCUUCAAAGUUUGCUGGGGAGCAGGUGCAAGUACCUGAAUCUGGAGCUACAGUCUGGAAGGUGAGACCCUUCCCCCCACUGCAGGCUGUUCCUGACAUCACCUCCACACUUUCAGAUUCUGUGUGUCUGUAAUUUUUUCUUUUAUUUUUAUUAAACACCUUCCACUCCUUUGAACUGGAAUUAAAUUCUUAGUCCACCCUGGGGAAUAACUGAAACCUGACCUUCCAUGCUCACAUGGAGGGUCUGGGAAGGAGGGUGCUGACAUCCUAAAGCAGCAUUGCUUGGGCAGAUGCGUACUGAGGUGGGAUUCAUUGGCAUGUGGCUCCCAGAGCCUCUACCAGACCUGGAUGAGGGCCUGCCUCCAGCCAGCCUGCAGGCUGUGCCCCCUCAGCACAGGUGGCUGUGAGCAUGGAAGUGCUCAGGUUCAGCCCUUUCCUCCUGUGACUCCACACACGGCGUGCAGCUGUGCAGGCUGACAGCCUUUCCUUGAAUAUCUCUUGUUCCCUCAGCUGCACAUCAGCUCUACCCUGGCAAGUGUCCCCAUUGUGCAACAUUCUUGUCAUGUCACUGCUCAGCGGUGGGUGCCCUGGCUGAACCUCUAUGCUGUGCCACUCAGUGUUCCUGCAUCAUUCCAGCUGGUCUCAGCAUCAUCCUCUGCUUCUGUUGUGGGUUGAGAUUUUGCUUUCAUUCACAUUGUCCUACAGACCAGCUGAUGACACCAUGUCCCUCUUCUCCUUGUGCAGGUGAUCAGAGGUUGUGGGUGCCCUAAUUGUCAGGGGCAAGGUUGUAUAAGAAGGAAGGGGAAGCCCAGUGCGUAACCUAAAAUCCUGUAUGCUUGGCCAGUGGGCUGGGCUGGGGCCAGAUAGCACUCUUGUAGUUUUCUAGAGAUGGGAUGCAGCAGUAUAAGGGCUUUGUAUUGCAUUGGAGGUUGAGAUGUGGGGUCUUGAAUGCUUGGGAAUGAUAGAGUGAGUUUUAUUCCUGGGGUAGGCAGUAAAGAAUAUGGCAGGUGCUUCUAGUUAUCCACAAUGCAUUGAUUUAUUGACAGAUUAUGUAACAAUAAUGAGAUAAUGCAGGUUCAAAUCCUUUAAGAUCUCUUAAAAAGUUCCUGUCACUGCAAUGACAAGAAAAUUUCAAGUGUAAGAGUGUUGAUUAUGCAAAUAAAUUUUUAAUUGUGGUCUUGUGAAGCAGCUUACUUAA